AGUAAUCUAACUAUAAUAAAUACCAUGAUAGGUUGGGCUUUAUUAAGUAGAAAUGACUGUUUGAUCUCAAUGAGUAACUGAACUACUGAAGGUGUAUGCAGUGUGUUAUGGUGUUGUCUCUGAUGUAACUACUCUGUCCUCUCACCUCUGCUGUAACUUUGUCCUCUCACCUGUGGUGUUGUCUCUGAUGUAACUACUCUGUCCUCUCACCUCUAAACAACCAAAACAGGAAAACCUUUAAAAUGCCUCAUACAGCAGGUAGAGGCGUUGGUAGGAAAAGAGGGCGGCCUCAAAAAAAGACUUCUACACGAACCAGUCAACGUAGGCCUGUGGUCAUCAGCCUCGAUGUUACGUAUUCCAGUGAAGAGGAGCCGGCCAUGUGGCCAUCCAGCCCAAAGGUUGCUUCUGAUGAUGAUGAUGCUUCUGAUGAUGAUGAUGCUUCAUUACGACUUACUCCAAGCCCAGAAAAGAAGCCGAGACGAGGCGUCAUGUCCGACUCUGACUCUGACUCUGAGGUGCUGGAAUGUAAGACCUUGUCCCCUGUGGCCAAGAAAAUGAAGAUAUCUGAUCAGGAAGAACAGUGUUGCAGCGACUCUGAUUUUGAUCCCUUUGAGGUGGAUUAUAAUUUUUACCAUCAGCUAGCAAUGAAAAAUGCUUCCAAGGAGAUUCAAGACAUGGAUAAAUACCUGAGUUUGGAUUCUUGUCAAAAGCAAGGCAAAUCUAAGAAACAGUCUGACAUCAAAGAUGAUGAUGUGUGUGUGGUGGAGGAUGACAUAAGUGAAACAAUAGAGGUACACUCUCCUACGUCACCCACAUUACUAGACAUUGGGAAUUAUAAACAGAAAAAAAGACGAAAGAACAAAAAAACCAAGAAGGCCUUGAGCCGACUAAGCGCCAUAACGAGGGAGCUAAAACAAAAAGAUUUGGCAGAUAAGAAACUGGACUUGAGUAUUGGCAGUGAUGGAGUGUUCAGUUGUGAUGAAGAUGAUAUUAAUCCCGAGAUUAAACUUAGAGUCAAAUGGGGAUCAGAUUACCUUCGCAUGCCUAUGAAGACUAUGCAGAAAUUUUCCCACAUGUACCAACAACUUGCAGAGCGUUUCAGUGUGAGCGUCGGGCAGAUAGUGUUAAGCCACAAUGAUAAGGUGAUCAACUCUGCAUUAUGCCCACAUGACUUGGGUAUCACGAUUGCUGACAUUAUAGAGGGUGGAAUUCAGUCGCAAGCAAUUACAAACGGUGAGAAAAGCACAUCUUUAGAGAAAAGGGGUCCAGAUUCUCUUUGUCUCAAGGUUCAGAGUGCUGAGAGAAAGGGGCUUUUAAACAUUUACAUCAAUCGCUAUGAUAAGAUGAGUGUAUUAAUGCAUAAAUAUGCAAUGGAGAAAAAUAUUAGUAUAGACAAACUUAAGUUUUUAUUUGAUGGUGAAAUUUUGGACCCCAGAGACACUCCACAAAGUUUAGAUUUGGACGGUGGGGAGUGUAUCGACGUUUAUGACAAGUGAUGAAAUGAUCUCUUUAUGCAAGUUGAUCAUUGUGGUAUUUAAAAUAUAUUUGUCUAACAACACAUUCCUGUUAAUCUCUCUGAAGUACGGAAUUGGGAUUAGUAUGGGCUCGCUAGAUAAGAAAUACAGAAAAGGAUAAUAAUGUAUACUGCAUAUGCUAGUAUGGUUUAUUGUGUAUCUUGAUAUUGUCUUUGUAGGAUGGUAUUUAUCUUAAUUUUUAAGUCUGACAGUUUUUAUCCUUAUUUAGUGGGACAUUGAAUAAAGUGUAUACCAUUUUCUUUAUCUGUCUAUACAGUACAGUAUACAGUGGAACCUCGAUAAAUCAGACUAAUUGGGGCAGACCCCAGUCCAAAAAAUGCAGAAGUCCGAUAAAAGCGAAUAUAUGGGGUG